AUCGAAUUGAUGUCCCAAAGUUCAGUGCGAACAGUGGUUGGGUCCAUUCGCCCAGUCCCACCUGAAUGCCUCAGGCAGGAAGGCCAUUCUCUGGAUCCUAACCCUCUCGAACAAUGCCGCAUAUGAGUUCACUCCUCCGAGCAAAAGAUGCAGAACCAAACGCGACCUGGCUGGGUGGACUUUCAAAGAGACCUCAAGGGCCUAUACUCGGCCUCGAGUUCGGCAAAGACAUGUAUUCCUCUGACGGCUGGGUGUUGGGCUCAGCGCCCGACAACAAUGCCGCCGAUGUUCAAUUAGCGGAGGACAAUACAAAGGGCGUGAGCAAACGGCACUUCCGAAUCGAUAUACAUCCGCUGUCAUGCAAACCGCGCGUAACUGUCUUAUCUAGGAGUCUACAUUUCGUUGGGGAUGGCGACGACGACCUCCUUACACAACAUGAAGACAGAGAGAUCACUGAAUCCGCUGUCUUCAAUCUUGGUGGUACCGUGUUUCUGGCCUGGCGCCCAAAGCUCACACCUCGUGAGGUACGGACCUACCGCAAAAAAGCUCUAAAAUUCAGCGAGGACGCCGCGCUCGCAAUGCCCAGAUAUUUCCCCCUACUUAGUAGUGCCCCAGAAACGAUAACCUCCAAGGUACGGUAUGGUGAGAAUGAAAAGGUCUAUGUUUUCCAAGGUCAUAGUGGGAAAGGAACGUCAGCUUCGGUCAUUCUAGUGCAAGAACGAAAGUCAGGCGAUAUUUUAGCGGCUAAGGAACCCUACUACAAAUCGUCUGACGAUCCUGGAAUCAGGAGAAACCGGUGGGAAGAGCUGAAUAAGGAAUCCGACUAUUUAUCCAGACUGGAUCAUGUAGCUCGUGGCUAUUGCGGAAUCAUUCUUGCUAGCCCGCGAAUCUGCAUCUGAGACAGGCAAACCCGGCUGUGAGUUUUACGUAAUAGAUAAAAUGUUUGCCUCUAACCCCGCAGAACCUUAGUGGCCUGGGGAUACCACCUCGGUUAGGGCAAAAGGCAGGCCCGGCUAAGGUUCAAUGCGACUUUUAGCGGAUGCUUGUAACGAGGGAAAGCGCUGGUCGGAUUCUAUUUCAAAUCUCUGAAUCCAUGCCAAGGCAAAAUUCUCUGAGCGAUUCGAAAUGAUGG